UUCGUUGAUAGGUGUCUCUCUUGUUUAUCAAGCUUUGCAUUGGCAUUUCUUUCAUUUCAUUUAUUUAUACAGACACUUCACACCCCAAACGUGGGAACCAUUAUCUUUCUCCUUCUAGCUUCUCUCUCUCUCUCUCUAACUUCUUUGCCUUCCAACUCACAAAACAUUCUCUCUCUCUAAAUGUUUCAAGCAUUUUAGAGAGAAAAAGGAAAUUUUUUCAAGGCAUUUUCCAUGAGAACUUUGUCUUUUGAGAGGUGCACCACCAGCACAAACGAGCAAGACUUGCCGGAAAAUUUUGAAACAUCAUCACCGGUGACCGGAAAACAUGCUUAUGGCGCAAUGUUGCCGGUUUUUCUCAACGACCUUCGUAGCAACCACCAUAAAGAGCUCGUUGAAAUAACAUUAGAACUCGAAAACGACGCUGUCCUUCUCCGUAAUAUCGCAUCGGCAUCUUCAGCUCCAAACGCAUCACCAUCUUCAAGUCAUGCUGGAGAUGAAGACACCUUAGCCGGAGUUGGCUUUGGUGUCCCGAGGAGUCUUUCAAUCACGUCGAGGAUAAGGAAGAAAUUUCCAUGGCUGAGGUCGAUGUCUAUAAGGACAUCGACCUCGUCAUCAGAGAGUGUCAUUGCACCCGUGGAUGAUCCGAUGAUGGCGCGAAAUGCACGAAGAAUGAGAGCGGAACUUGAACGGACGAGAUCAAGUGCUCAAAGAGGUUUGAAAGGAUUGAGAUUUAUUAGUAAGUCUGGUGAAGCAAGUGAGGAGUUAUGGAGAAAAGUUGAAGAGAGGUUUGGUUUUCUUGCUAAGGAUGGUUUACUCGAUAGAGAAGAGUUCGGUGAAUGCAUUGGGAUGGAGGAUUCGAAAGAAUUUGCGGUAGGUAUAUUUGAUGCAUUAGCUCGAAGGAAGGAAAGAAAAAGUGUGAGCAAGAUAACAAAAGAAGAGUUGCAUCACUUUUGGUUGCAAAUUUCAAACCAAAACUUUGAUGCUCGACUUCAAAUUUUCUUUGACAUGGCAGACAGUAAUGAAGAUGGAAGAAUAACUAGGGAGGAAGUACAAGAGCUUAUAAUGCUAAGUGCUUCUGCAAACAAUCUAUCAAAGCUAAAAGAACAAGCAGAAGGAUAUGCUGCAUUAAUAAUGGAAGAAUUGGAUCCGGAAAACCUGGGUUAUAUUGAGCUAUGGCAGCUAGAAAUGUUGUUAUUAGAAAAAGAUAGAUACAUGACAUACAGUAGACAACACAGCAGUGCAAGUGUAAACUGGAGUCAAAAUAUGACAAAUUUGAGACCAAAAAGUAAGAUCCACAAAAUACGCAAGACACUUCAAUGUCUUGCUUUAGAAUAUUGGAGGAGGGGUUGGAUUUUGUUACUGUGGUUGGUUACCAUUGCUUGUCUUUUUACCUGGAAAUUUUACCAGUACAAAAACAGAACAAGUUUUCAAGUUAUGAGUUAUUGCUUACCAGUAGCCAAAGGUGCUGCAGAGACACUCAAGUUCAACAUGGCUCUUAUUCUUUUGCCGGUUUGUCGAAAUACAUUGACAUGGCUUCGUUCUACAAAAGUUCGGAAAUUUGUUCCCUUUGAUGACAAUAUUAACUUUCACAAGAUGAUUGCAUUUUCCAUAGUAGUGGGAAUACUUGUUCAUGCAGGAAAUCACAUCUCAUGCGAUUUCCCUCUACUCGUAAACUCGUCUCCAGAAAAGUUCUCACUGAUAGCUUCUGAUUUCAACAACAAAAAGCCCACAUACAAAUCACUUUUCAUUAGCAUUGAAGGUGUAACAGGAAUCACAAUGCUUACUUUGAUGGUUAUAUCGUUUACACUAGCAACUAGCCAAUUUCGAAGAAAUGCAGUAAAUCUUCCUUCGCCUUUCAACAGAUUAACAGGCUUUAAUGCAUUCUGGUACUCACAUCAUCUUCUUGGUAUUGUCUACAUUCUUCUGUUCAUUCAUGGAUCGUUCUUGAAUUUGACGCAUAAAUGGUACCAGAAAACGACAUGGAUGUAUAUCUCUGUUCCAUUGCUGCUGUAUAUUGCAGAGCGUACUCUACGAACACGUAGAUCUCACCAUUAUGCAGUAAAAGUUCUUAAGGUUUCAGUGCUACCAGGAAAUGUAUUUAGCUUACUCAUGUCAAAGCCAAAUGGAUUCAAGUACAAAAGUGGCCAAUACAUAUUUUUACAAUGCCCGAAAAUCUCUCCCUUUGAAUGGCAUCCAUUCUCGAUUACGUCAGCACCAGGAGAUGAUUACCUAAGUGUUCACAUUCGAACGGUGGGUGAUUGGACACAAGAGCUUAAGCUACGUUUCACCGAAGAUGACGAAUUGCCUCCUGUUAACACUAGCGCUACAUUCGGUGAACUAAUAAAACUGGAUCAACUAGGACCGCCAAAGCUACUCGUUGAUGGCCCAUAUGGAGCGCCUGCACAAGAUUACCAGAAUUUCGAUGUACUGCUGCUCAUAGGAUUAGGAAUUGGAGCAACUCCCUUCAUUAGUAUUCUAAAAGAUCUUCUGAGUGACACGAGACCAAUUGACGAACAAAUGGACUCAAACACUGAAACAACAAAAUCAGACGAGAGCUUCAAUAGUUUCACAUCAUCAAACGUAACGCCGGGAAGAAAUAAAAGAUCACAAAGGAUUACAAAUGCUUACUUCUAUUGGGUCACCAGAGAACCUGGAUCUUUUGAAUGGUUUAAAGGAGUAAUGGAUGAAGUUGCAGAAAUGGACCACAAAGGUCUAAUAGAACUGCACAACUAUCUCACAAGUGUAUAUGAAGAAGGUGAUGCAAGAUCAACCCUAAUCACAAUGAUCCAAGCAUUAAACCAUGCUAAACAUGGUGUUGACAUUCUAUCAGGCACUAGAGUGAGAACACAUUUUGCUAGGCCUAAUUGGAGAGAAGUUUUCACAAAAUUAGCUUCUAAACACCCUAAUUCUACAGUAGGAGUGUUCUAUUGCGGGAUGCCGGUGCUGGCGAAGGAGCUAAAAAAGCUAUCACUUGAGCUUAGCCAUAAGACGACGACACGCUUUGAUUUUCAUAAGGAGUAUUUUUGAAAUUGAAGAUGAAAGUUAAACUGCUUUUGUUUAUUCUUUUGUAACUAUCAAUUAAAUAAUUGAGGGUGAGUUACAAAUACAAAUAACAUGUAAUUUUAGUAUAUAGAAUACAAAUACAGUAUAGCAACAAAUCUAAUAACACAGAAAAGUAUACAAAGAUUUCAGUAUCUA